CUAAUAAAAAAGGCAAAAAAUACCCCCAAAAAAUAAUAUAACAAAAAAAAAGUGUGGCAUUGUUCCAUUUCAGGAUUUUCAAAAUCCCACCUUUAAGGCCUUUACACAUACACAGUGAUGCAAAUAAACAACACAAAAUUGCGAAAUAAUCACCUGCGAACAGUUCCCAUCAAAACUAUUCACACUGGCAGCGAUAUGAAUUUGCGACAUAAACACAGAAAAACGAAUUUGCGAAGGAAUUUGCGACAGCUCAUUCUGCUGUCAGUCAGCCUGGUGAGGGCAGUUUGUCCAGUGGCUGCUUCUGUGGACGGAGACGCUUAACGCAGGUCAGAGCCGUUGUGGAUUGAGUGGAUAUAACGCUCUCCUCUUCUUUUGUCGAGUGAGGAGAAGGACAAGAUCAUCAUCACUGGAGGAUGUUGACAUCAUCGACCUAAAAAAUCGACCUGGGUCCGAAAAAAAUCACAUCGCUUUUUCGCCUCAUAAUAUUCGUGUUCUGUGUAAAAGUACUCAUGACACAAACAACAGUUCAAAAAAAUAUAUUGAUGUGCGAAUUAAUCGCACGAAAAAAUCACGUCCAGUGUGUAAAGGCCUUUAGGCCAGGAGAUGAGGGAAAAGAGAAAGGUGUAAGUAACAAUAUGGUGACAAACUGUUUCAGGGUGUUUCAAAAUAUUAAAUCAUUUUCCAAAGAAAGUAGGAAUAUUUAAAUUUUUUUCCUUCAAAUUAAAAAAAAUUCUUUGAGUAUAUUAAGCUGUAGAACCAUCCAAUGUUGUACUACAUGUACUAAACAUACUAAACUAAAUACACACCCAUAAGGAAUAAAAUUAGGGUCAUAUGUACUGUAGCUGUGUAUCACCAUAUCUGAAUGUGUGAAAACAUAAAUAAACAAAAAGAUGCACAGCACAUCCAGUCAGCAACGAUCCUUGUCAAUAGCAGGUACCUACCUUUUCCAGUAGAAGUUAACAUUGUUGUGUUCUCUGCUUUGUGGUUUCUGUUUUGCCGUUGUUAUUUAGGACUUGUUGUCAUGUUUUCUCGUUUAUUAAUUUGAUUUGCAAUUUGUUAUUUUUCUUUGUGUUUUGUGAGUUGUUGUCAUUCCCUAUUUGCCGUUGUGUUUUCUGAUUUGUUGUUGUGAUUUCCUAUUUGCCGUUGUGAUUUGCACUUCAUAGCCACCAUACAUAUGACCCUAAUUUUAUUCCAUACACCUACUACGUCACACACACACACAGUGUGACUCAGGUUAAAAGUGUGAUCACCUAUUCAAAGAACCUGCAAAAUCCUAUGGCAGAUUCAUCUCAAGCUCAGAAUCCAUCAUCUGAGGUCAGUAUGGAAUUUUUUGCUUCACCUGAUUACUAAUGUCAUAGAAAAGAUGUGAGAAUGUUUAAUUUUAAAUGAUAUUCACCAUAUUUUGUUGUUGUAUAAUGUGUGCCUUUUGCUUUUGAAACAAGUUAAUUGGACGCUGACAUGAAUUUGACAUCUGGGAACAGAAAUGUGACACCGGCUGUGAAUUACCGGGACAACUUUGUUAUAGCUGUUGGCAAGAAUGUAAUUGUGGUUGUCCUCGGCAUCACCAUCAACUACAUCAAUGCCACCAUGGUCCACACAUUCAACAAACAUCAUAUCUUGAAGUUGAACCCUCGCUACAUCCUGUUCAUCCACCUGGUGUUUAACGACAUGAUCCAGCUGACAACCAGCAUCACCCUCUUUGUCUUCACCUACACCUUCCAUACCAUCUAUGUCUCACUGUGUUGCCUCCUCAUCUUGCCAGCUGUCUUUACCACACAAAACACCCCUCUGAAUCUAGCGUUUAUGGCUGCAGAGUGCUACAUUGCUGUCUGCAUUCCCCUCCGCUACAACUACAUAUGUACAGUCAAAAGAACGUAUAUUGUAAUUGGCAUAGUCUGGACAAUGAGUUCACUUUCUGUUCUGCCAGAUGUCUUCAUCCUCUUGGCCACUGAACCUCUGGAGUUCUUACAUGCCAGAGUGUUCUGCAAGAGGGAUGGUGUGUUUCGGAGCAUCUACAGCUUAAGGAAGAGAGAUGCAUCCCACAUAUUUUUUCUGGUAGUGGUUUGGAUAACUCUGUUUUACACUUACUUCAGAAUUUUGUUUGUGGCCAAAGCUGCUGAUACAGAUGCUAAAAAGGCAAGAAACACUAUCCUCCUUCAUGGCUUUCAGGUGCUGUUGUGCAUGAUAACCUAUGUGCAACCUAUGUUACGUGACUUUCUAAUAUACUUGUUCCCAGGAGGGGUAGCAUCCAUAAACUUUGUUAUAUUCAUCAUAAACCAAAUCCUUCCUCGCUUUGUCAGUCCUAUUGUCUACGGGUUACGAGACAACACUUUCAGAAAGUACUUCAAAAGGUAUCUGCUGUGUACAAUAAAUGAAAACAGCCAUGCCACGACAACACUGAAGGCACUCUCUAGAUGUCGUUGAUAUAUGACUGUUCGGCUUUUGUUUUAUCCAGAAGAAUCUGAAGAAUCUAAACCUAUUUUGAAAUGAGGUCACAUUACGCAAACAGUGAGACAGUUCACUGAUUAUCAGCUCUAGAUUUGGAUACAGAGCACUGAGAUAAAAAAAAAUGGUAUUAAGUGUGAUUAACCUGGCACCAGCCUCAUGAGAUGAUCAUAGAUCGCUACAUGUCAGAUUAUUGUCUAACUGUCGCAGGUUGUUAUGGUUCAGUUAGUGACAACCUGUCAUGUUUAAUGCAAUAGAAUAAAAUAUGAUUGUUAUUCUAAACCAUGACUGACUGCAACCCAUCAUAGAUAUUUUCAAGCAUUCUGUAGUUCCUUAAAUUUGUUUCAGAUGGUUCAUUGCCCUUCUAAUUUUAAACAAUUAGGGUUAAUUUAUGGGAUAAAUACAGAUUUAGUGGUGUAGUGGAGACACAGGCCUAUAUGUCUUGAACUCCUUUGUUUUUGAAUAUUAUCUUUAAAAUUAUUUAUGACAUAAACAACAUUAAAGCCAUUUACUUCUCUUUUGGAUUCUCUUUAUCAUAGAUGUAAUAAACGCCUUGGCCUGUGCAAGAGUCCUGAUCUUAGAUCUUAACACACUGUAAUUUACACAGAAUAAAAUUCAGGACAAUCUGGAGCAACAGUCAAAGCCAGCACCUCAAUGCUCUUUAAAAAAGACUCUUUUGUCUGGGAUAAUGAAAACUGGACAUUAACAGAAGAAUCAUAAGAGUCUUGUUUUCAUCUUUUUCACCAAUUCCUGGCCUCUGUUUUCUUCAGUUGUAGGAACAUGAUAUAAUGCUGACAUAAUUUCUAAAAUGUAAUUCUCUUUAAGAUAAAGCUGAUUAAGUAAUGUUGGAUUAAAAAGUUAUGAUUGUUGCACUCUCUAUGGUAUUGAUUCAUUAAAAUUAAUGUUUAUUUUUCAUUUAUUUUGUAAGUUUUUUCUAUCUCAUUUCAGCACCACAUGGUUUCCAUUGUAUGGCCUUCUUAUUAGUGUUGCCAAGCACAAAAAAGAGUGCAGAACAAAACACAGCAAACAAAUUAACACUUUAAUAUUAACUGUGUCUUCUGUAUUGAUUUGUUCUCCACACAGGAAUAUUGAUUCUUAAAUGAAAAAAAAAUUCAAACUCUUCUCUUCUUUCCACUUUUCAUGGUAAAUCUAUGCAUCUAAUGGUCACAAACUCAUUUUCUCUAACAAAUCUAGCAUUUUAAGAUAAGACUUACC